UGUCUAUGGGAGACACACCCCGUUAAGUAGACCAGAACUUACCAUAUUUUUAAAUUGUAAACGGCCUGAGUGAACUAUCUUUAUUUAUCCGCCAUCUCGCAAUGAUUCACUUCCUCUUUCGGCUCGAUUUCUUUCUCUUCUGUGAUCAUGGCUGCACUCAAACACCAGCCAUGUUUGCUCAUUUGAAACCCAAAGGUUAGCGAAUAUUGUACCUGUUUAUUAUUUACAUAGUCUGUACCUACUUCAACCAUAUUUGUUCAAUCGGAGGAUCAAAGGCAUCAGUGCCUUUGAAAUCCAAGGAUUACAAGAUGGAGGCAAACAACCAUUUCAACUAUGGCACCCACUCCUCUGUGUCUGCUAACUCAGGACUGAAACUCUCCACUGGGGAUUCUGUCUAUACUAACGGGUCCUCCAUGAGUUUCCCUCAGCAGGAGAAGAAUAUGAACGGCGAAAUGAAUGUGAAUGGCAUCACUACUGUAAUUGGGUCCAGUGUGCCUGGCUCCCACUCUCCAACAGCCCCAUACCCUCAUAUGAGCAACCACCACCACCACCAGAGUAGCAUGGGCUUCGACUACCUGUGGGGAGGACAGCCACAGUACAGCCCAGCCAUGAGCUUGUCUCCUGGGCAUGGCAUGCACCAGAAGCAGCCUCCCACUGGGGUGAUGCAGCAACAGAGCCAGCAGCAUUUCCAGGGUCACGGACAGUACCAACUGAACGGGGGCAUGCCUGGGUCCCGUCAGCCCCCCGUAGUGGCCACGCCAAACAUGACUCUUACAGGGGGCCAGUACUGGAACAGGGGUAACCCGGGGCAACAGCAGAGCAGUGCAGCCAUGGUAAUGGGAUAUAACUCACACAGCGUGUACGGGGCGUACCAGAGCCAGGUGCACCCUGGGAUUGCGCCCUCACAGCAUCACCAGCAACAGCCUCAACAGCCACCCCCUCACCAACAGACACAGCAACACCUCCACCCACACCAGCAGCAACAGCAACCUCAGCACUACAGCAUGGUGUCCAACGGGAUGCCCUACUACCAGCCCCAGCACCCACCUCUUCCCGCUCCACAACCCCAGUCUCAGGCUCAGAUGAUGCCCCCUACCUCCCAGAAUUUCACCCCUCCACGGGACAGCCCCCAGCACCACCAGAUGGGACGGGGGGUAACAGGCAGCCCCCUCCCCAUGGGGUUGUCCUCUGUCCCCAUGAUGUCACCCUCGACGAUGGCGGAUAGUGGAUCGCCCCUGAGCCAGACCAGGGAGAGGAGUCCCCAUGGUGGUUCUGUGGGGAUGCCUGCUGUCAUACAAGGGCGGAUGAGUGAAGCGUUUAAGGAUGUGGAUAAAGGCUACAACGGGAUGGAGAGAGCAUCUGUCUCCCAGCGACUGCCUAAAAGCGACAGCUACCCUCUCAAGCCCCCUGGACCUCCCAUGGGGCCCACCAGUGACUACUGCUUGCGUUCCGAGCAGCCAAUGGCCCAGAACCAUGAAAUGACAACCUUAGCAAGGGAGUCUGCACCUCCUGCAGUGUCUACGUCUCCUAUGGGUGCAUCAGGGCCUCAUGUUGUUUCAUCCUCCUCCGUUACUUCUACGCCUCCCCGAAACUCAGCGCCUCCCAUGUCCUCUGCUCCUUUUCCCCCUGUGCUUGGGCCUCCUCCCAGGCUGUCGUCGCCUCCUCUGAUGGUACAAGGCCUAAGACCUUCUCCAGUGUCUGUGUCCACACUUCCAUCAGUGGUAUCGCCUCCCUCCUCACUGUCUGCACCUCGUCCUAAGCCACCUGCACCUCCUCCUUUACUGGACAAAUCCUCUAGACCUCCAGCUGUGUCUGCUCCCCAUCCAGUUAGUGCUCCUCCCCUUGUGUCUGUGGCACAUCAGACUGCUCACACUACAUCUGCACCUCCUGCAAUGGUCUCUACUUCUACCAUGGUGUCUGCUCCCCUGCACUCCAUGUCUGCGCCUAUCUCUGCGCUUCAACAGAUGGUCCAAGGAUCCAGACCACCUCCUCUGACUUCUUCUCCCCCAGCUUUAUCUGGAGCACCUCAAGAAAAGUUUUGGACUCCAUCAAUGUCUGCAUCUGCGCCUUCCUCAGCGGUGUCUACUCCCUCGGUGGCAGUCACGGCACCUCCCUCAGCAGUGUCCAGGCCUCAUUCGGCAGUCAGUGCACUUUCUAUAUCAGUGUCCUCAUUUUCUCGAUCAGUGUCUACUCCUCCCCCAGCAGUGUCCUCCCUUCCAAAGGAGGUGUCUAUGCCUCCUCUAACAGUCCAAGGCCCUAGAGCUCUACCUUUGUCUGGACCUCCUCCUCUCACAUUCCAAACCUCCAGAGCUCCUCCAUUGUCUGAGCCACCUGCCUUGAUGUAUGUGCCUCCUGUGGUCCCCUCUGCGCCUCCCCCAUCCAUUCCUGCUCCUCCACAAGCCCCUAAACGGAUGGUUUCUCCAGAGCCAGAGGAGCGAGGCAUGGGGAAUAUGAAGUACAUGGGGAACAUGAAGGACCCCUCUGUAGAAGCGGACACAGUCAAAACAUCAUCAAAGAUUGAUUCCGCAGGGUCUCCGACUCAUCAAUCUGAAAAACACUCACACAAACCCCUCACUGUUAUUCUUGGGACGACACCGCACCCCAAGAACCAAGAGGACUCCUCUGGGGACAAAGUUUCUGCUGAGAAAAAGGACUCCACGCCCAUGAGAGGUGCAGACACUCCCCUGGAGAAGAGAAUGGAUGACACCUGUGAGACGGACGAGUCAACAGUUGAGGAGUCUUUGGACGAGUCCUUGCAGGCGGAGUCCACACGCCUCGACAGCACCAGGAUGGAAGACACCAGCCUCACUGAGGAGGAUGACAUCUGUAACAAGUCGUCACUUGACGACGCCUCUCGGUUUGACGACACUUCUAGACUUGACGAUACCUCUUGCACGGAUGACGACACUUCCCGCUUUGAUGUCAGCUCUCGAUUGGACGACAACUCUCGCGUAGAUGGUAACAAAUCUCUAUUUGACGAUACCUCUCGCAUGGAUGAUAGCGCUCGCAUGGAUGACACCUCUCUUGCGGAUGAAACAUCACAUGUUGGCGACACUACAAUGGGUAGCAACUUCUCCUCUGUGGAGGACUCUAGGGACUUGACUCUGGAUGAUACCCAGACAGAGAACUCUUCCUGGGCAGAGAAUACCAUGGACAGCUGCCUGAGCACCAGGGAAUCCAUGCUGGAGUCCUCUCAGAUGGAGGACUCCUGUGUUGACUCAUCCCAGAAUGACAUCUCCCGGUCAAGCUCAAAUGGCCCUGCCAAACCAACCCCAGCCUACAAAGGGUCUGAAGGUGACAGUGAGGCGGAGGGCUGGGAUAUACCAGACUACACCGGCACCACCAGCAUCAAGGCCAGUGCCGCUACCAUCAUGGCUCCACCUGUUAUCAUGGACAAAGGCAAGCACACAGCGGCGCUCAGUGCCCUGGUGGAAAGCCUGGUUGGAGCCCCGCUCCUGCCCGUAGCUGCCCCAGCCGUGCCCACCACCGGCCAAAAGACCAAAACACCAAGGAAACCCAGGAAGCCACGCACUCCAGCAGCCUCCAUUCCCGUUCCCCAGGCCCCUGGGAAAGCCCAACGGAAGUCUGCUGUUAAAACUCUGAAGGUGGAGAAGAUAAAGGUGGAGAGGAAGAAGAAACUUGAGAAAGGAGAGGUAGGAGAGAAAAAGGAAAAGGGACCACCUAGAACGAGAAAGAAGAAGACCCAACCAGUAGCAGUCACAGGAGAGGCUGAACGUUCUGCUGAAGGCCUACUUCCUGGUCAAAGUGGACCAGUCACUACCAUUGGUAAACCAUGUCUAACCAGUGGCGAGACCCCCCCCAUGGUCAAACCGAAGAAAGUUAGAGUCAAGAAAGUAAGUGUUCUGGAGCCGAAGCCACCCAAAAUAGCGAAAAUGGACAUUGACACUAAACCCAAUGAUCAUGACAAUAACGUCAACGACGGAGACGACAGUUCCACUGCGGGUGACACUGCUAGGAGGAGGAUAGCAACAGAGGAGCAGGUCCACUUCCCUCUGCUACACGGCUGGAGGAGGGAGAUCCGGGUCAAGAAGAAUGAGGACCGACUCAAGGGGGAGACCUGGUACUACAGCCCCUGUGGUAGGAGGAUGAAGCAGUUUCCUGAAGUCAUCAAGUAUCUGAACAGGCACCAGGACACUGCUGUGACCAGGGAACACUUCAGCUUCAGCCCCCGCAUGCCCGUAGGAGACUUCUAUGAGGAGAGGGACUCCGCUGAGGGAGUGAAAUGGUGCCUCCUGGCCAAUGAGGAGGUGCCCUCCAUGAUCAUGGCCAUCACGGGCCGACGUGGACGACCUCCGAACCCUGACAAAGAGAUGCCCCGGCCCCGAGCUCGUCAUACCAAGGGCGGGCCAGUCCGAAAGCCCGGGAGGCCGCCCAAACCCAAGAUGGUGGACCUGCUGAGCAAGGUGGACGCCAGAAUGCUGAAGAGGCUAGAGGCCAAGGAAGGUCUGACUGAGGAGGACAAGGAGAAACUUGUCAAAAUCAAGAAGAAAAUGAAGAGAAAGGCAAGGAUGAAAAGAAAGGAGGAUAACAAGAAUAAGAAGAUCCGACAGGAGAAAAAGCAAGCGAAGCUUGAUGAGACCAAGGAGGUGAAGGCUGAACCAGCUGGCCAGGAGGCCCCACAGCCGGUCCCACUACAGCCGCCAGCCCCAGAGCCCAAGAAGCGCGGCCCUAGGAAGAAGAAGGAUGAGGUGCCUCCACCGGUCGUGGAGACUGACCAGGAAAGGUUGGCCAAGGGGAAAAGGGUGCUGGGGGCCAGGAGUAAGGCCAAGGCCCUGGCUAAGGCCCAGGCAGAGGCGGAGGCUGCAGCCCAGGCAGCCCUGGCAGCUAAGAAGCAGGUGGAGAGGAGGGCCCAGGCCCAGAGAAGGCUGGAGGAGAGGAGGAGACAGCAGAUGAUCCUGGAGGAGCUGAAGAAGCCCACUGAGGACAUGUGUCUCACAGACCACCAGCCCCUCCCGGAGCUGUCUCGGAUCCCUGGCUUGGUUCUCUCUGGUGUGGCCUUCUCCCACUGCCUAGCUGUGGUGGAGUUCCUGUACAGCUAUGGCAAGGUGCUGGGCCUCCACAUCCCCAGGGAUGUGCCUAGCCUCAGCACCUUGCAGGAGGGCCUCCUGGGCCUGGGAGACAGUCAAAGCGAGGUCCAGGAUCUGCUCAUAAAGCUGGUUGAGGCCGCACUACACGACCCAGGCCUGCCACCCUACUACCAGUCAGUGAAGAUCCUAGGGGAGAAGCUGGUGGAUCUGGAGCUGACUCGCAACACAGUGUCCGAAGGCCUGAGGAUCUUCCUGGAGUCCCAUGGCUUUGACAUGGAGGUGUGCAACGUGCUGCGGACCAAGACCUUCCUCACCCUCAACCCCGACACCAAGGCUGCCAUCCUGGGCUUCCUGGUGGAGGAGCUCAACGGCAGCAACAUCGUCAUAAGUGAGAUUGACAACACACUGGAAAACAGGGCUACUUACAGGAAAAACAAGUGGAUCAUCGAGGGGAAAUUGCGCAAACUGAAGGCAGCUCUAGCACGGCGUACGGGGCGGUCUGAGGAGGAGCUGUAUCUAGAGGAGAGGAGGCGCAGUGCCAGGGUGGCAGAGGAGGAGAACCACAGUCUGGAAGAGAGCGGCCCCAUGGAGAGGGGCAGCCGCCGCCGCACACCCAAGGAGGAGCCCAAACUCAGUGAAACUGACAGCACCACCAACGCCAGCAUUCCAGAGUUGGAGAGGCAGAUCGAUAAGCUAACCAAGCGACAGGUGUUUUUCCGUAAGAAGCUGCUCCAGUCCUCCCACUCCCUGCGGGCGGUGUCUCUGGGCCAGGACCGGUUCCGCCGGAGAUACUGGCUCCUGCCCCACCUGGGAGGGGUGCUGGUGGAGGGGCCUGAAGAGAUCCUAGCAUCAGAAGAUAUCCUGGUGAAGGAGGUGCCCAUCACUCUUCUGAAGAGGGAACCCAAAGUGGAGGAGACGCCCACUACCACCCCUGCCCCCCUUCCCUCUCCCCCUCCCCAGUCCCAGACCUCCUCCCCCACUAAAGAGGACCCUCUCCCCGGCACCGCCUCUCUUAUGAGCAGCCCCAGGGCCCGGGGUCGCCCCCGCAAGAUCAAACCAGAGGUGGAGCUACACCUCCGCACCGCCAAGUGUCGCCGCCAUCGCCGUAGCAGCAAGUCCGGCGGGGAGGAGUCGGGGCCAGGCAUUUCCCCGGAGACCACCACCAAUGGAACACAAGACCUCACUCUGUCUGCUUACAAUAACUGCCUCAGCCAAUCGCAGGGCGCCUUAACCAAUGGGACGGUGAAAGCAACAGGGAUGGCACCUAAUGGCAGCCUACCAGAGGACAGCGUGAAAGAAAUGGCGGAGAAACAGGGGCAGUGGUUCAACCUGCUGCCCAAACAGCCUUGUGACAAAACCUCUCUGACAGAACCUCAGACCCCCCCCAGCAAGCCGCCCAAACGCCUCCCUCUGACCCCAAGCACCCUGCCCGCCCUCGCUGCUCCACUGCUGCAGUCUGUACCAGCCCCCUUGGAUCCCACACCCCAGGUGACCACCACCCCCAUCCCAGCCAAACCGGGGCGCAGGCGGAGGAGGGGCAGCAGUCCCGCCCGCAGGGUUGGAGCUAGAGGGGCUGCAGCUAAGCGUCGUGGCCGCCCUUCUUCCACACUCUUCCAGGAGAUAGAGCAACAGUACUUCACUCAGCUCGUGGUCAAGCCCAUUCCAGCAUCAAUGGUGCGUGGCUGGUGGUGGAUAAAAGAGCCUGAGGACAUGACGGCCACCCUGCAGGCCCUGCACCCACGAGGCAUCCGGGAGAAGGUGCUCCACAAACACCUGGCCAAACACAUGGAGUAUCUGGCUGAGGUCUGCACACGGCCCAUCAACGACCCUAUAUUCCAGGUGAAGGUGAAGGAGGGAGAGGCCCUGCUGGAGGCCCUGCAGCAGCCGUGGCAGGUCCAGGAGCGGGCCCUGGAGACAGACGUCGGAGCCCUCCGCUGGGUGGAGGACCUGGAGCAGAGGGUCAUCGCCGCCGACCUGCACCUCAAGAUGGCUCCUCAGAGUGGAAGGAGCGACACUGACAAUAACACGGAAACGGCAGCCGCAGGAUUCCAGCCCUACACGGUUCCAGAGGUGGACUCCACGCGUGACGACCUGCAGUACUACGAGCAUGACGUGGACCCCCGGGACGACUGGAUCGUGCGGACCAAGAAGGAGUGGUCAGACCUGCCCCGCGUGGCCAGCCACCCGCUGGACCUGGCCGUCCUGCGCCUGGCCAACCUGGAGAGGAACAUCGACCGGCGCUACCUGAAGGAGCCCCUCUGGAACCUGGCCGAGGUGGUGCGUCUCGCCCCCCUCACCCCCGAGGAGAGCCAGAUGGGUCAGAUGGACGUCAUGAGUCUGGAGAGUGAGAUCACCCCCAGGUUGCGGACGUGGCGUCAGGCCCUGGACCGCUGUCGGAGCGCCCCCCAGCUGUGUCUGUGUCUGCUGCAGCUGGAGAAGGCCAUCGCCUGGGAGAGAUCUGUGGUCAAAGUGACGUGUCAGGUGUGCAGGAAGGGGGAUAAUGAUGAGUACCUGCUGCUGUGUGACUGCUGUGACCGCGGCUGCCACAUGUACUGCCUGAGGCCAAAGGUCACCCAGGUGCCAGAGGGGGACUGGUUCUGCCCCACCUGCGUCUCCAAGGCGAGUGACGGUGAGUCACCACGUAGCAACCAUCGCUCCUCCAAGCAGAGGACACGGGUGAAGAAGAGGAGGUACGAAGACGACAGUUCUGACGAGGAGACGGUGCCCAGCAGACGCAGCGGUGGUGGUGCUAGCAUGGCAACACGGCAUAAGGACGGCGGCCCUGCCUCGUCCUCCUCAUCCUCCCGCUACUCGGGAGAUGGAGGAGGCACAGCAGGCUUCUCACCCGCCAAGCGCCGCCGCAUGACCACCCGCAACCAGCCCGACCUCACCUACUGCGAAAUCAUCCUGAUGGAGAUGGAGUCUCACGCUGACGCCUGGCCCUUCCUGGAGCCCGUCAACCCCCGCGUGGUGCCCGGCUACCGACGCAUCAUUAAGAACCCCAUGGACUUCCUCACCAUGAGGGAGAGGCUGCUGCAGGGAGGGUACUGCAGCUGUGAGGAGUUUGCAGCGGACGCACAUAUGGUGUUCAACAACUGCGAGCAGUUCAAUGAGGACACGUCCGAGGUGGGCAUGGCCGGACACUCCAUGAAGCGCUUCUUCGAGAACCGCUGGGCUGAGUUCUACGAGAGCAAGGACCAAUAAGAGUCCAGGACACUUGUGCUGGGGGCGGGGCCAACCAAGGACAGCGCCCUAACCCUGAUGCUUACGCUCCCCGUUACUACUAAGACUGUCUGGGCCAGAGUAUCCUCCGACUCACUGUAUACAUCUAUGUAUAGAUUUGGAUACAGUGGGGAAAAAAAGUAUUUAGUCAGCCACCAAUUGUGCAAGUUCUCCCACUUAA